UAACGCAGGGGAUGCCUGGGUGGCUGCCCCUGCGCUACCAAGCAGUCUACGCCCGCGAGUGCCAGUCUGUGCUCCGGCUCCCACCCCGCCCUCUCGACCAUGUACGACCCCGAGCGCGGCUGGAGCUUGUCCUUCUCGGGCUGCGGCUUCCUGGGCUUCUACUACGUGGGGGCGACCCGCUGCCUGAGCGAGCGCGCCCCGCACCUCCUGCACGACGCACGCAUGUUCUUCGGCUGCUCGGCCGGGGCGCUGCACGGGGUCACCUUCCUGGCAGGAGUCUCGAUCGACCUGGCUCUGCAGAUGCUCAUGGACCUGGUCCGCAAGGCCACAGCUCGGAGGAUGAGCACCCUGCAUCCAUCCUUCAAUCUGGGCAAAUGCUUGCGAGACGGCCUGGAGGAGAUCCUCCCCGACAAUGUGCACCAGCUCGUCUCUGGCAAAAUCUGCAUCUCGCUCACCAGAGUGUCCGACAGGGAGAACGUGCUGGUGUCUGAGUUUCGGUCCAAAGAGGAAGUUGUGGAUGCUUUGCUGUGUUCUUGCUUCAUCCCUUUCUUCAGCGGCAUCAUCCCUCCAACCUUCAGGGGUGUGCGAUACAUGGAUGGAGGCGUGAGCAACAACCUACCCAUCCUGGACACCCGAACGACCAUCACGGUGUCCCCCUUCUAUGGGGAGUGCGACAUCUGCCCUAAGGUCAAGUCUACCAACUUCCUUCACGUGACCUUCACCAACCUCAGCUUCCGCCUGUGUUUGGGGAACCUCUACCUCCUCUCCAGGUCCUUCUUUCCUUCCAAUGUCAAGGUGAUGGGGGAGAUCUGCCUUCGAGGCUACCUGGAUGCGCUCCGGUUCUUGGAGGAGAAUGGCAUCUACCAUGGGCCCCAGCCCUGCCUGAAGUACCCGGAGGAAGAGGCAGAACUCGACGUCACAGAGGCCUGCCUGGAAGGGCCGGGCCCGGGUCCUGCUGAGGGUGAGGAGCUGCUGGAGCACCUGCGCCUCAGCAUCCUGCCCUGGGACGAGCGCAUCCUGGACUCCCUGUCGCCCCCACUCACUGCGGCCCUGAACAAAGCAAUUAAAGACCCAGGUGGCUUCCUGAGCAAAGUGGGCAACUUGCUGCCCGUCAGGAUCCUGUCCUACGUGCUGCUGCCCUGCACCCUGCCCGUGGAGUCUGCCAUUGCCACCGUCUGCAGACUGGUGAUGUGGCUUCCCCACAUCCCUGAUGAUGUCCAGUGGCUGCAGUGGUUGACAUCCCAGGUCUACGCCCGUGUGACGACCUGUCUGCUCCCUGCUUCCAGGUCCCAGGUGCCAGAGAGUGGCCAACACGCUUCCCCACGCACCACGGAAGGCAGCUCUUCGGGCCUGUAGACUGCGGGUGGCCAGGAGGGUGCGCCCCAUUCUAGGUCCAGCCUGCCCCUCUGCUGGGCAGCAUCCUUGGGGAGAGGAACCUGCCUUCCCUGCUUUCCCAGAAGGGGGUUUCUGGAUCACUUGAGGAGGCAUCCAGGGGACCCUUGGCGGUGCUGAGCCUUCUCACCUCAGUGCAGCUGUCCUGGCCCUGCUGUAUGUGAGCUCUGGAUCCUAGCCUCUUUGCUGAAUCGAUCUGUCCCUUAUCCGAAGGCAGUGGGUUCGGUAAUGGGCAGUUGGGAGUCCGUGCUCACACUGCUCUGGUAUUUAGGCAUCAGUUGGCUCUGAUGGUUGGAAAAUGUCACCAGAAAGCCAGGUGGCUCUGAUGACUGGCUGUGUUUCACAACCUGCUCGUAGCUGGGCGGUACCAAGGAUGGCCCGGUGCCGAGCAUAGCAGGGACCAUGAGCCGUGAACUUGCUCAGGCAGCCGUCAGGGCAGAGCAUGGGAUAUGAUCGGCACCAUGGAGGCCCCUCCUGCCCUUGGCAUUAAGAUGAUAAUUUAUCUACACCCACAGCACCCUUUUGGCCUAGCUAAAAUAUUUCCUAAAGAGUUUUGCAUAAACAGGCAAGGGAAUAUAGCCACUGAAUUAUAAAAUUUUGUGAAUUUGUGAAAUCUUCAUAGAGUAAGCCUUAAGAUACGACUACUGGGGGAGCGGGGUGAGGCACCCUGGUCCACUUUGGGCAGGAGCCAAACAGAAUGGAAACUUUCACUUUCUUUCUUCGGGAGCCAUUGACGUGAACUUGGCUUAAUUUCCGCAGGCUUCCGGUCGGAGUCCUUUUCUCUCUCUGCAUCUCUCCACACUGUGGUCUCCCACUGUGCCAGCCUUAGUGGAGACACAGGCUUGAGGUGGGGACCUACCUUCUUCUCAGGUGCAGGGGCACAUCUGAGUGCAGCAGCAGGAAAGAAAAUGACCCGAUUCAACUCCUCCACCCUGGAAAGUUGAACUCUGGCCUACGCUGGCUGUGCCAGUGCACUGGGGUCCAAGCUGCAGGCACUUUGAUGAGCCCUGGAAGAGGGGGUGUGGUUGCAAGGCAAACUCACCUGACGUGUUCUCUGUGAAAAGCUCCCUCCCUCAGGGUGUGCACUGAGCUUCCCAGCUUCCCUCUGUCCUAUAAGGGCUCGCUCUGCCCCCAAAGUGAUGGAAGGACCAGGGCGCGGGACGCUCUCCACCACCUGUCCCAGAAGUGGGCCCUGGGAUGCUGGAGUGGGCUGGCAGAGGCCUUGUCUGACACCCGGGAGGCACAGCCGGGUGCCAAGUUUCCCUUGGAUUUCUUCUGUGUGGAGCCCCUGAAGGGUCAGCCUUGGGCGUGGCAGAUUCAACCCGGCCUGAGCGGUACUUAAUUAGAGCACAGGCAGACUUUAGAUUCUUAUCAGGAAAGCCAUCCCAUGGCUGACUGGAUUACACCGGGCUUAUUUCUACCCACUUUUUAAUUUUUUUUGUCCUUCUAAUGAAUAUAAUUAGGGUUUUUUUUUCUUUUAAA